CAUGCGGGGCGCGCCCGGCUCCGCUCUGCGGGCGGCGCUGCCGCUGCUGGGAGCCGCCGUGUCCCUCUGCACAGGCCUGCAGUGCGUGUGCCAGCUGUGCGAGCACACCAACUUCACCUGCCAGACGGAGGGCGCCUGCUGGGCCUCGGUGAUGCUGACCAACGGGCGGGAGGAGGUGGUCAAGUCCUGCGUGUCCCUGCCCGAGCUGCACGCCCAGGUCUUCUGCCACAGCUCCAAGAACGUCACCAGGACCGAGUGCUGCUACACCGACUUCUGCAACAACAUCACACUGCACCUGCCCCUCGCAGCGGCGGCGGGGCCGGCGGGCGGCGCGGGGCGGCUGCGGGCGGCGCUGGCGGCGGCGGUGGCGGUGCCGCUCGGGGCGCUGGCCCUGCUGGCCGCGCUGCUCGCCCGCUCCGCCCGCGGCUGCCGCCGCCGCCCGCGCCGCCCGCCCAGCGUGGAGGAGCCGCCGUGCGAGGGCAGCCUGGCGGGCGCCGGGAAGACGCUGAAGGAUCUCAUCUCCGACAUGACCACCUCCGGCUCGGGCUCCGGGCUGCCCCUGCUGGUGCAGAGAACCAUCGCCAGGACCAUUGUGCUGCAGGAGAUCGUGGGCAAGGGCCGCUUUGGAGAAGUGUGGCACGGGAAGUGGUGCGGGGAGGACGUGGCUGUGAAAAUCUUCUCCUCCAGAGACGAGCGGUCGUGGUUCCGGGAGGCAGAGAUUUACCAGACAGUGAUGCUGAGGCACGAGAACAUCCUGGGCUUCAUCGCUGCCGACAACAAGGAUAAUGGGACGUGGACUCAGCUGUGGCUUGUCUCCGAGUACCACGAGCAGGGCUCGCUGUUCGACUACCUGAACAGGGGCACGGUGACCGUGGAGGGCAUGGUCAGGCUGGCACUGUCCGUGGCCAGCGGCCUGGCACACCUCCACAUGGAGAUCGUUGGCACGCAAGGGAAGCCAGCGAUCGCUCACCGGGAUCUGAAAUCCAAGAACAUCCUGGUGAAGAGGAACGAGACCUGCGCCAUCGCCGACCUGGGCCUGGCGGUGAAGCACGACUCGGUGCUGAACACCAUCGACAUCCCCCAGAACCCCCGCGUGGGCACCAGGAGGUACAUGGCCCCCGAGAUCCUGGACGAUGCGAUGAACACGAACAUCUUUGAGUCCUUCAAGCGUGCAGACAUCUACUCCCUGGGGCUGGUGUACUGGGAGAUAGCCCGGAGGUGCUCCGUUGGAGGGAUCACCGAGGAAUACCAGUUACCUUACUAUGACCUUGUGCCUUCUGAUCCUUCGAUAGAAGAUAUGAGAAGGGUUGUCUGUGAACAGAAGCUCAGACCAAGUAUUCCAAACCAGUGGCAAAGCUGUGAGGCGCUGCGGGUGCUGGGCCGGCUGAUGCGGGAGUGCUGGCGUGCCAGCGGCGCCGCGCGUCUCACGGCGCUGCGCGUCAAGAAAACCAUCUCGCAGCUCUGCGUGCCCGAGGACUGCAAAGCCUGACAGCUCCCGCGGGACGCUCCGCUCUCGUCUCUCACGUGUGACAGUGUUUUUGUUUCUGCCUACCUCAGAUGGCGCGGCUCAGCGCUGCGGUGCCCGAGGCAGAGCACCGAGCUCCGGCGCUGCGCCCGGCCGGGGCACCGGGCAGCUCGGGACUCGGAGCUCGGGUUUGGUACAGCGAGUCCGUGACUCGCUUUGGCUUUUUUUCGGUAAAUCAGACACGGGUGAAUCGCAGGAAGGAGCUUAAAGCAUCAUGACAGUGUAAAAAUACCUUUUGCUGUUGUGCUUUUCAUCCUUAUCAGACCCCAAACGUCCUGGAAGUGUCUGGUGUUGGUUAAAGCCUGUUUGUGAGACAACCUCACAUUCUGUCCUCAAACCAAGUAAAAGACCAAAUUAACCCAGCUUUUUACCCGUUUUGUUUUUUGUUUUUUUUUUUUUUUUUUUUUAAAUUUUAUUUCAGGGAUCAGAAAAGUGGUUGUCAGUAAAUGCAUUUUGAAUUACUGUAUUUAUAAUUAGCCAAGCAAUUAGAAAAGAGGGAAAUUCCACUAAGUGUGUACACUGUGAGCAAAACCAUUGAAUCAGUUCCCUAUUAACAUUUAUUUUUAUUGUCUCAAUUUCACAUACAAUGUUAUGGGUAAAAAUUGAGUUGUUUCACUCUGUUUUGUUCAUUGAACAGAUCAAUGAAGGCCCUGCAGCCUGCUUCCCUCCGCUGCAGCCCAGCCCUGCAGCCUGCUUCCCUCCGCUGCAGCCCAGCCCUGCAGCCUGCUUCCCCCAGCUGCUGCCAGCCCUGCAGCCUGCUUCCCCCCGCUGCAGCCCAGCCCUGCAGCCUGCUUCCCUCUGCUGCAGCCCAGCCCUGCAGCCUGCUUCCCCCAGCUGCUGCCAGCGCUGCUGCAGGGCGCCUUCUCUCACCUGACCAAGGCUGUCUUAGGGAUCCACGGCAGGCUGGACGGGGCUUGGAGCAGCCUGGUCCGGUGGAAGGUGUCCCUGGCCCGAGGCAGGGAGGUAAAAUGAGGCAAGCUUUAAGGUCUCUGCUGGCCCAAACCAUUCUGGGUUUCCGUGAUUCAAUUUGUGCGUGCUUCAACUGCCUGAACUCCCCGUGGAGCUCAGAGAUGUGACUUUUUAGGCUGUUUGAGGGGAAAUCUUGGCAGCUGCAUGAUCCAAAGCCUGGUGCUGACUUGACUAUUAAAGACUUUGCAAAGCUAAGAUCCAGCAUACUUAUCUUAAAAAAUCAGAAUCGAAGCUUUAUUUUUUUUUUUAAGUGGGAAAAGAGUUUCAGUUUUCAGUUUCCCCCCUGGAGUCUCUGAAAAUCGUUGACCAGCCUGGUAAUUUGAACAAGACCCUUUUGGGGCCUGGCUGGGAAGUGUGGGUGGAGGAUGCUCAGGCUCAGCUACUCCUCACACAGGUCACAGCUCCAGCCCCAGAAGUGCUUUAACCUUUUCCCUGGACAUAGCUCUUGGCACCAGACAUUAUGGUCUGUUUGCCCUGGCUUUUCACCCAACUCAGUAUUUUUGCUCUGGUUUUCUUUUCCCUUUUGUUGUUGAGAGGUGAAUGUGCAUUUUGAUGAAUUGGAGUUGAGUGUAACUGAGCCAAGGGGCUGAUGUUGUAUUGAGCUCUGCAACAUUUGUAAACUCUACAGUCCUUUAGAAAUACUCCAAAGAACCCUUGUUUUAGUGGCCUUUCCUCUCCAUGUGGGUUUGUCUUGGUCUAAUUUAAGCACAGAGGUUAUGCCAAGACCCUUCUGUGCAGUUUGGGGAGGCUUAGGUUUCCUCAGAGGUCACAAUGUUCCUGAUAAUCUUCACUUAAAGCAAAAGUUCUUCAGCUCAUGAAAAUUUUUAAGGUCAAGGAUGCUCAAAACCUCUUACCACAUUCAGCUUCUCCUAAUUGAUGCUUCUAACUAGGGGGAAUAACCAAUAUUUUAUAAUUUCCUUCUAAUAACAAUCUAAAGUUUAAUGUAGGGAUUACGCACUGAAAGGAAAAGUUAAUUAAUGUUUCCUGUAACACCUAAUUUUUUUUUGUGUAACUUGAAUUGCCGUCCCCACACACUCCUUUAGAAACUCAGGCUGUAAUCUCCUCUGCACUUCCCUACUUUUAUAAUUUGCACUUAAUCGAGCUCAUUCCCUCACAUGACACUUUUAUAAAGAGUCCUACAAUAUUUUAGCAAUUGCUGUGUCACUUUGCUUGGUACUAGAUUCAGGAAUUACGAAUUAAUGAGUUUAGAAGUAUGCCCAGUCCCUACAACAGCUCUGGGCUUUGAGCAGGGCAAGUCCUUCUCAGUGCCCAGAGCUCCUGUGCCAGGGUGGGCUCAGGCUGCCCCUGGCCCGUGGGAAGGGGGAGUCUGGGCUUUGCCUGGGGGCAGAAUGACAGGGCAGGGACAGGGUGGCACUGGGGUGCUGCUGGGGGCUGCAGGUGGGCACAGCCUGGCCACCUCCUUCAGGUGCACGGGGGGCAGGCACAGCCUUUGAGUGUGGCUCAAACCCCCCUGCCAUGGGUCAGGGGGUCUGCUAUGGGGUCUGUGAGGGUCUCCUGGGGUGUCCUGGGGUGUCCUUGGGGAGCCCUGGGCCAGCACCCGGGUGCCCCCAGCAGCACUGCAUGUCUGUCCCCUCCUCUGUCCUUGUCUGUGUGUCUGUGAUUGCAGGGACCACCCCCACAGGCUGUGGGACCCCAACCCCCCAAAGCUUUUAGGGAAAGAUGUCCAUGUUCUGCUCUAAUGGGCAGAGCAAUAUUUAUGAAUGUACAGGGAAUAAGCAUUGAGGUACGAUAUAUUUCUACAGAAUAUAAGAAAUGUGCAAUAAAUUGUAACUCACACUGAAUGUAUUUUUGGCAUAAAUGGACCAGAUGCGUUCUGAAUGUAGCUAUGACAUUGUGUCUAAGCCUGCUGUGAUUCUCAGUCCCCAAGAAAAACGUGUCGUGUUUUGUCAAUCUACAAACCACUUCCUCAGUUGUCUGUUUUUAAAAGAAGCGUGAGUAUUUUAUCUGGAACACUGCAAUAUUUCUGAACUAAGUAUAGCAGGGCAAUGCUAACUUCAACCCUCGUGUUGUGAAAUAUCUGAUCUGUGUACACUGCAGAGUUAUUUUUAAAACGAUUGCUAAAGUUAUUGCUUGAUAUUGCAGCUGCCUGGAUGUAAAUACUGGCUUAGCUGUUGUAUUUUGUAUGCGGAUUUGGGGAAGACGUGGCAAUUUUAAUAAAUUCAGCAUACUCUGCCCUUGUG